AUGCUGCCCAACAAUCCCCUUGCGGCCCGUCAACGGCAACACCGCCGACAAAACUCGUCGCCCUCGGGCUUCGAGUCGACGGGUACCGCCAACAACCUGCCCAAUAUGCAUCAGGCUCAACAACAGCCACACCAGCAACACAACCAACAACAGCGACCACGGGUGUCCCACCGAAGAGGCAUGAGCCUGGACAUCCGGCGACAGCAGAUAAUGGACCGACGACAACAGAUGCAUUCCCCAACGACACCCCUACGGCAGGAGUUUACCAUGCAUGUGCUGCGAGAAGCGCAGCAGCAAGACCUGGCACGCCCGGGCCCCCAGCAUCAGCAAGCGUACGCGAACUUGGCUACCGGCGAGAACUACCUGGUGUCGCCCCAUGCGACACCGCAGAUACAGAACUUUGAAGGCCCCUUUUUUGACGGCCUUCCAACCUCGCAGGAUAUGACUUUUAACUUUGACAUGUACAACGGGCCGAUGAACGUGGUACUCAAGAAGAACCAAGACGGCUAUGCUCAGAACAUGACAGGGCCUCAAGACUUUGAACUAUUCCCAACCAGCACUCUGUCCACGCCCACUUUCAUGAACUUCCAGGAUAGUCCCACUGGGGCUCCAGGCUGGAUUUCAGAAGGCGAGACCUCCAGUUCGAGGAGUACCUCGCGCAGAGUCAGCAAUGGCAUUAUGGACAGAGUGUCCAAGUUCGAGACCAUGGGCUUCGAGCAGAGACCUCGCACACCCCCAAAACAGAAUGCCACAGACUACUUCCCACUUACCCCUAUGGAAACUCCGCAUGAUAGAACCAUCAGACACAGUCAGCGUCCACAACGGUUCACUGAAGGUUACGACGAGUCGACCGAGGAAACUGUCAAGCCAAUGCGACAGUCAUCGAACCGGCGCCCCCAGACUACCUUUGACGAGAUGCGACAGGCAGCUGAAGCUCAGCCGACUAUCCCAACUCCUAACCGAGCAAGCACUAUGCCCAUGCCCAGCUCAUAUGACCCAGCUUCUGUCACCUCGCCGGACUUCUUGAGCAUGAGCCAAGCCAACCAUGGUGACUUGCGAGUAGACACCACCUUCCACGGACACCUCGAUAUGUCGCAUCCCCUGAGCGCGCCUUCCAACUUCUCCCAUCAAGCUUCUCCCAUGACACCAAGCUUGGUUGAGUACAGUGGGGGAGGUUUCGACUGCAAACCGGACCUUGGACCUUCGCACGCACGUUCUGACGUACCCUCCAACCAAGACGCAUUCCCACCGACGGAGACGCCAUCUCGCCGAAUCUCGCCCCACCGUCGCACCGAAUCUGUCGCCAGUAUUGCAAGUGCCGCAAGCAUCGCCAGUAUCGACAUUGACCAGGCCAAGACAACCACGGGUAUCACCACCGAAGAUAUCAAACAGUAUAUCCAAGAGCCCGACCCUAGAGACAACUUGUGGGUUUGCACUUUCAAGGACUGCAACAAGAAAUUUGGCCGCAAGGAAAACAUCAAGUCUCAUGUGCAAACCCAUCUCGGCGACCGACAAUACCAGUGCCCGACGUGCAAGAAGUGCUUCGUGCGGCAGCAUGAUCUCAAGCGCCAUGCGAAAAUCCAUACCGGGAUCAAGCCAUAUCCAUGCAAGUGCGGCAACAGCUUUGCCCGCCACGAUGCGCUCACUAGACACAAGCAACGCGGCAUGUGCAUUGGGGCAUUCGAUGGCAUUGUUAAGAAGACCGCCAAGCGUGGACGCCCGCGGAAGCACCGACCAGACAAUGAAGAACGGAAGGAAAAGGCUACUCGUACUCGCAAGAAGAACCUGUCGAUCUCAUCCGCAUCGUCUCACGCUUGGUACUCGGACAGUUCUGCUGUCAACUCGCCCGAGAAUGCGGAGAACGACGACUUCGAAAUGCUGGAUGAUAUCAUGGAUGUGUCGAUGGGCGGAACGUCGAUGAACCCAAGCAGCCUCCAAGGUGGAUCAUCGUCCGCUCCCAUGCCAGCGCUUGCGGCCGACCCAGCAAUGAGCGCGCACUCGCCAUCGGCUGGCAGUAUACACUCGUAUGUAUCGCAACUGUCGCACAUGUCUCUCCACCCCGAAGCCACGGGAGAGGCGCUCCCAUCGGAACACGUGUCUCCUGCCGACAGCAUCGUCAGCCCAUACAACGAGCCCCCGGAACUGUCUCAUUCAUCGUCUCGACCGACGUCAAGCCACUUCUACGACGUGGAGCCCAAUUCCAGCGGCCUGGAGGCGGCGAUCAGCUCGGCGAGCGAGGCAUCCAAUCUCGGAAGUCUGGAUGGCAUGCCGGAAGACAUAGACGGCAGUUUACUGCUAGGUUACAGCAACAGUGGCUCGGCAAUGUUGAUGAGCCUGUCCGGCAGCAAGUUCGACGAGGCUUUCGACAGCGUCGACAUGUUCACCGACAACGAUGAUGUGUUUUUCGGCAGCGUUUGA